AUGCCACGAACUCGAACAUUGAGACGUGCGCCUGAAAUGGACGCUGACAUUGAUGAUGUUGAUGUGGCUGCUGCUGUUGGUGUUGACGUUAAAGUUGUCGACGACAACGUUAUCAAGAACGACGAUGACAAUGAAGACAGCAUAGAUAGCAUUACUCAGGAGCUGGUAAAUGCGACGAAGCCAGUCGCUAAAGAAGCAACCGCAGUUGAAGUCGACCAAGCUGCAUUACCUAUGACCGAACAGAACUUGGACAACAGCAAACCUUUUAAGAUCAAAGAUGUCACUCGACAUAUUCGGAAAGCAAUGGUGGCCUCAACUUUGGCUGAGCUGCGUUUGAAGGUAGCGGUCAGGUUCGAGAGGGGCCAACCGGCCAUCCAUUUGGAUUGCGAUGGCACAGAAAUCGAUGAUGAGGAAUACUUCAGCACUUUGGAGCCCAAUGCCGAGCUCAUAGCUGUCUUUCCUGGCGAGCAGUGGCGAGAUCCCAGCGAUUACAAUGCAAAUGUGAGGCGAAGUUCGUUGGAUGCCAGACGUUUGCGGAAGCUUGUGAAUCAACUGCAAUUGCAGCAGAAUAUGCUGAACGAUGCCGACUUGGACACAUUGUCCAAUAUGGAUCCAAACUCGUUGGUGGAUAUUACGGGUCGUGACUUAAAGGAUAGCGACUAUGAGGCAGCACGACGCUCCACGGAACUGUCUUGUUAGAUUUCACAAGACAAUAUUAAUCGGAUUGAUUUUGAAACGAAAUUUUAGAUACUAAUGUGUGUGUAUCCCACUUAUUUAUGUUUUAAUUUUUUUUUGAUCUACUCGUAUAUGAAACGUAUGUGACAAAAAUAUAGCACAGUGAAACGUCGCUUAUGAUAGCUGUAAGGACUUUGUAAGAGAUUUUUAACAGAAAGUAAGACACACAGAGAGAGAGAGAGAGAGAGAGAAGGAGAGGGAGAGCGAAAUGUUUGUAUUUUUAGAGCACGUUUUGAUAGAACUCACUAAGGAGCGAAGCCUAGAACAAAUUAAAUGUUUCUUUUAAUCCGUUUAUACACAAUUAAAAGCGCAAAGUCCAGUGAAAAGCGAGGAACUGGAACUAGUGGGUAUAUUUUAUAUAAAGUCCAUUCCGUACAGAUAUGUAUGUAGAGAAAGUCUAUGUCUAUUAUCAAACGCAAAAUGUUCCUAGACCAAUAUGCUAAUCCUGUAAAGCUGUCUAAAAAAUAUUAUGGUUAUAUCACACAACAAUCAUAGAAUUGUACACGUAGCUGCAGCUUAGAAUUUAGCAACCUAAAGAAAAUGUUAAAAGCUUUAUUUUCAGGCACCACUUCAACUACACUUGUAACUUUUGAAAGAACAUAAUAGGGAAAUCUCUCCAGAAACAGUCAACACCAAGAAAUCGCGAAAUAUGCCUGUUGGACCUUUAGAAAUAAAUAUGCAAAGCCUUAAUUUUGUAUGACACUUAAGGAAAGUAACUAUCCCUCGUAUAGUAAUAGUACAUUUUAAUUCUGUGUCUAUUCGUUUUAAUGAUGUGCCAAUAGCUAAUUUAUCUCGCGGUAAUUAGGGAACAAAAGAAUUUUUGGUAAUUUUACUAGAAAGUUAAUUCCACAGACAACAAAUUAAAGCAAAACAAAACAAAACAAACCAAAUACAAGACGAGAACGAAGACGAAACAAAUUGUGCAGAGUAAUAUAAACGUUGAUUGUACAAUAAGAAAUACACAGAAAUACUCACAAAGAGAGAGUCAAUAAAUGUUUUGGCAAUUUACCGAAAUACCCAAAAAGUAUAUAUUUUUGAAAUGUGCAGCCCAUUGUUUAUAUGAA